UGGUAUGAAGUGUGACCCAGUGAAUAAUUUUGAUACAUUUAACAACAGUGUUCGAGGAUAUUACGUUAUUACAUUCUUUACAAUGAAUACCAUAUCAAAUCUUUUUGUCUUGACGACAAUCAUGACAGUGACCGCAGCAAUCGGCUGUCCAAAAGAUUGUUCCUGUCACAGUCAGACACUUCGAUGCCAAGGAAAUAUAUUAAAAGUGGCAAUACCGACGGAUACUAAAGAAGUGUAUUUGACUGGUUUUCAACCUGACCCAAAGACCAGUCUAUCCAAAGUGCAUGCUACAUGGGAAAGUGUGCUUAAACUGCAAAUUUCACUAAUAUUUCCAAGCAAAAUUAUGUAUCUGGCAGACAGAUGCUUCGAGGGUUUAUUAAACUUGACAUAUCUUGGGAUACAUGGCUUGUACCCUAAAGAACCUACGGGAGAUUUUUUCCUCCAGUCUGACACGUUUUACGGGCUUAACAAUGUGAAGACAUUAGAUCUUUCUGGAAAUCCAUUUCUUUUAAUGCGAGAGGUAAUUAAAAGUUUGAAUACAUCAAAUAUAAUGCCGGCUCUUAACACCAUAAUUUUGAAAGACGUGCAAACAUUUCAUCAUUUACCGGUAUACAGAACGGAGUCGAAUAAUUUUCUGAAAGCUCUCCAUCCUCGACCAAUAAAGGAAUUAAGUAUGGAUGGAACAAACUUUGAAAUUGAUUUUACUUAUAUGCAUAACCUUUGCAAGACUCUUGAAAAAGUUAGCAUGGAAAAUGCUUACAUCACUGCAUUAUAUGGAGCGGAAUAUUUUGUAUGCCCUAGCUUAAAGGAACUUGAUUUUACAAAUGCAUCAGUUCCAUUUCUGCAAUACAUGCUUAAAAUAAAAAUACAGCCAAAUCCUAGUUUUGUAAGUAUUUUCAAUAGAUACGCAUCUUUUGUGUUCAAUGUUGAAACAUUAAAUAUUAAUAAUUUCUUAUUGCCAACUCCAGCGCCACUGUCAUUUGAUAACGGCUUAAUUUAUAAUGUGACCGGCAUUAACAUGAAAGUGAAGUACCUACAUUUCCGCAAAAAUUAUUUGAAAAAGUUUAAUGUUUCAUUUCAAAAUAUGCCAUUUCCACCAGGGACAGAAAUUGACGUUUCGGAUAACAACAUCGAAUAUAUUCAUCUACAAUCUCUUAGCCCAGGCAAUAAUAUAAGGAAAAUAGAUUUGUCAUCAAACAGACUUCAUGAAAUGGAAAGUAAUUAUCCUAUAGAAUUUGCAAAUUUCCUUCGUUUUUUCACAGGCUUGGAAGAGAUCAGUCUGGCUUCCAAUAAUCUUGAUUCUCUUCCAAGAAAUCUGUUUAUCGGUAAUACGUUUUUAAAAACUGUAAAUGUAUCUAGUAAUAUGUUACAUUUCAUUUCUUUUGGCCUGCAUUCUUUGUCUAAUUUGCAAUAUCUAGACGCCAGUAACAAUGUCAUUCGAAAACUCAUUGAACAUCAAACUCGCGAAAUAGAGAAACAUGCUUUGAACUAUGGAACUUUAAGACGGAACAGCAGUUUUAUCUUAGAUAUUUCUGGGAAUAGCUUCGACUGUGACUGUCGGAAUCUUCAAUUUGUCAGGUGGAUUGGACAGACUAGCUUCAUAGGUGGAAGUGGAAAUGGGUAUAUUUGUACAUACGAUGGUAAACAGUAUGACAUGAAAACCGAUGCUUUUGAAAACGUGACAAAAGAGUGUAAGCUUAAACUAUUGAAAAGAAAUUUGACAAUUGGAAUAUGCAUUUCGUUUUUAUUAACUAUUUCCGUUGUGACUUGUGUAACAUUAUGGCAUCGAUACAGAAAGAAACAAAAUAAAAUAAAAGCAUUUCUAAAACAAUUACGGAAGAAAGAUGAAGAUCAUUUUCUUGCUUUUUUGUCCUAUUGUUCGGAAGACACCGAUUUUGUUUUGUCAGAAGUUUCUCAAAAACUUAAUAACGAAAUAUGCGCCAAAACAAAAAAGAGAGCCGAAUACAUUUGUAUUGGAGAUAAACACUUCCGUCCAGGAUUUCCUGUCAUAACAGAGGUUAUGUUAAAAAUGGAGAAUUCUGCAGUAGCGAUUUUUGUUAUUUCUCAGACAUUUUGUAAUAAGUCUUGGUGCCAUAUCGAAAUAAAAGAGGCUAUGGAUUUGCAAAAGCCAAUCAUACUGAUAUUCAAAGAAAGUGUAAAUGAAAACGACAUGCCAAAACUUGUGAAUAGGUUGUUUCGUCAGAAUACGAGAUGCAAAUUUAUACGUGAUACAAAUGGACAUUGGAGUCUACAGCCAUCAUGGAGUAUUCUUGUAACAUCUUUAAUUGAACUUGCAGCUGGAAAUAGUAAAACAUGAUAUGGAGACAAAAUGUUUGACAAUCAUGUCUGUUUAGUGUUAUUUUAUUGUAUCCUGUUACAUGUUGGCAGAUUCCUUUUAAUGUUUAUUUUUUACGUUGAAUCUUUAUUGGUACACAUACAGAAAUUAAGAAAUAUGUCACUCUCUUUCUUAUUCUUCUUCCAUAAACUGAGCUAUGCAAGUGGCUCAAUAUGACUAGGCAUAAUGGUACCGAAAAUGUCGCUGGAGCACGAAUGGAACAUAGUUUCUCGUUUGUUUAAACUAUUAACAGUGUUAUAGCGUGUAAAAAGGUGUCAGGUUAAUCCGCGGAGAAUGACAUUGAGGUAUUAUGUGUGAGUGCAGAUGCUGUGCUGGCUCGAGAAAAGAACUCUUUUUAACUAUCAUUGUGUACAGUUUUUGUUGUUUUUGCUUUGCCCGAUUGUAAUGUUAUCAAAUAUCAAGAUUUUGUCCUAAAGUAUUUUUUGUUGUUAUUGUAAUAAUUAACUGCAUUUACUGUCUUUGAUUUACUCAACUGAAAUUAUAUCAGUAUUAUAAUAUUACAAACCUUUAUCCUAAAAUACUUGUUUGUUGAUUGUAGUAAAUGACAUGGUAUUUUUAUAAUGGACUGAUCCCUCAUUCAAUUUGGGCAAUACCAUUUAUGUUUUGAAGGGGUGUUUACUGCAAAUUUACUGACUGAAUAGCGAACAGUGCAGACCAUGAUCAGACUGCACAUAUGUGCAGGCUGAUCUUGCUCUGCAUAGAUCGCAAAGGCAGAAUAUCUUGCAGCCAGCAUGCUAAUGGUUUAGAUAGCUCAUCUUCUCUCUUCCAUUUGUUAUCAGAUGAUAUAGAACACUAUAAAAUCAUUGAUAUCUUGACAGUGAUUCAGAAAAUAAAGAUUUUCUUUUAAUUUCUGAAAUUUCAUGCUAGAAGAUUCUACUACUUGAUUUCCUGUAAAUUGGACAUAAAUUAUGUCAAAACCAAACGUUUCAAGCAUGCGACCAAUUCAAGAUCUUAAAAAUUUGGAGACUUACUUUCAGCAUAAAAUUGAGGCGGCCAAAGAACCUUGUAGGCACUAAAUGAAUAUUCUUUCCCGCAUGUAGAAGCACCGUAUGGGGAGUAACUUAAAGUGUAGGUGGCGAAAAUUCACAUGUAACAUCCAUUAUCAUACAAUCAAUACUUUUUGAAAUAUCAAUUCUGAAAUCAUGUUCACCUCAAGGUUUUCCUUUCGUAAUGAUUAGGACAGUGUUAGUUCCACGCUGCGUUGUUAUAACAUGUGUUUGCUGAACAAUUCAGAACAUAAAUGGAAACGAACACAUAGUGAUGCUUUGCAACACAAUAUCCGAAAGCAGACAUAAUUGAAAGUUCUCUUACCUAUGUACAUUCCCUGGAAAUUGUUAUAUAGAGACAGUUGAAUUUCAAACCAGUGAAGUAUCAAAUCUCGAUAUUAUAAAACACGUUUAAACAAGGAAGCAUAGAAGUCAAGAACAUAUUGACAAUUUUAUUUAUUUGAUUCUAGACAUAUUCAUUGUUAAUUUUGUGUUGUUGUUUUUUAAGUCAGACCGACAUACUUUAGGUCAUACAUGUAUUAUAUCAUUUUUAUUGCCCAUGCGUUGAAUAUUAUAGGCGAUUAUUCACAAGCCAGCUGGAUGGUUUCCUCACAUAACGACCCGACCAAGGCCUGAACCCACAGAGCUGAUUUUCAAGAUGUUGGAAGACAGCGACCUUGGCCACUUUGCUACGGUGGCUUCUAUCUCCAAACAUCUCGGUACGCUAAAUAAUAAUAUGUUUACAGGCCGAUUAAAGUAAAAAAAAUAAAUAAAAUAAUAAAACACGCACGCACAAGACCACCUUAAAAAUGUUUCGUAAAACGGUUAGCUGUAAUGAACUAUGAACAUAUUUAUAUAUAUAAACUGCCGGUCAGUGACCGCGGUGUGUAUAAACACAGGAUAUAGACCAUUAAGUGUAUACACUGAAGUACGUUAUAUACGCAAUCAUUAUGACGUGCUGGGUUUAUUUAAGCUUUUAGCCUUAGUUUUUGAGAAAACAAUAACUAAAACAACAGCAAAUCAUAAAAGGAUUGUUUCACAUGAAAAUUGAACAACAUAUAAAGAUGUAUAUUACUCUCCGGAAUAACUGUCAGUUUACUAAUUAAUAUAUACAUUGAAUAUUCCGAAAAUGGGCUGCAUAAAGGAGCCACACUUUCGGAAAGUUUAGCGCCUUUGAAAACUCACCAUUUUCAAAGAAUUGUUACUUAUCUUCGUUUCGAUACAUUUGCAAUAUGUCCCAGUGCUGAAAUUUCACAUAACUGGGCUGAACGUAGUUUUCAGCAAUUGUUUAUUUCUGUUUCUUUACAAAUGGUAUUCAUUUUCAAAACGGGACAACGGGACAAUGUGACAGAACAUGUAAUGGUCAGGUAGAUAGUUGGUUAAGAAGUUGUUCGUUUUUCAAAUAUUUCUUUGUUUUGAAUAUAUACUCCUAACCCAUAAGGUUCAUGUAAAAUGU